AUGUCUUUAAUUCCAUCUACUGCUCCUGCGGUGAUCAAUCCAUCCGUUGAGUCUUCCAAGAGGCAGUCUCUUCCACCCCAAAGUGUCCAACGUAUCUCGUCUGUCCCCCAUCGCCAACCUCCUCCUCUGAAGCACAAUGCGGACUAUAACAUACCAGGCCUUCGUGCACAUCCAAUGAGACCUGCUGGCCCAUUUGAUGGACCCAGGCUUUUCGACAACCCGCCGGUCGCACACACGCAUGAGUUUCCAUCUCAGUUUCCAUGCCACAACAAUCGUCCACGUGCCGCGGGGAAGGGCAAAGUCGACGGGAAAGCGAAAGCGAAGGCGAAGGCGAAGCCACUGCCCCCAGCAGUAAUACCGAGCGUCAGCGACAUGGAUUCCUUUCUCGCCCAAGCCGGUGGGAGUUUGCGCAAGCGCAAAACACGGCCGGAACCUGUAUAUGAUAAGCCGAGAACAUCACCCCCUCGCGCUACUGGCGAUCACAGGGACAGCCAUCCAGAUUAUUUUGACGCCUCAUCUGACAGAAUUAACGACGAUGGUGUCGGACCCUCAAGCGAUGACCAGUUUCUCAGCCCAAAGGAGAAGACGAGGAAGGAGGCCAUUGAUAUGACGCCCGCUACCAAGAGGCUUGAACGGAUGAACGUCCAUAGCGGAACGGACGAAGGCGACACGUCAUUUGAAGGCCUGGACAUGGACGUGUUCAUGGACGUCGACGACAAAGACAUCAAUGGCGACAUGUCACUCAAACCGAAGCCGGAAGACUUGAGUGACAAGAAAGUCAAAGAGGACGACACCCCAUCGUGGCCCUCUGUCUAUGACUCUCUCAGCGUGAUGACCGAUGACACGCUGGGCCCACUCUCCACUUCUACAUCUACAUCUCGACGUAAUCUAUUCGUCCUAUCCCGAGCGCAGCGCAUCGAGGAAGACGAGGCGAGGAACACCUACGAGACCGAUGUGGUGCCCGAGAUGAAACACGUAUAUGAGGACUUCGAUUGUUUUCACAGGAAGGCUGGCAUCAAGCGCCGGAGAGCAAAGUUCAUCAAGAGGAAGUACGUGUUCGGAGAGAAGGACGUACCGAAAGGGGAGGCACAAUGGAUGAAAGUUGUGCAUGGCUUCGACGAACCACAAAUCUAG